UGUGAGGGCAGUGGGAUAACCAUGGCCACGGACGAUGAACAUUAUACUGUUGUGAUUAACGGUACUCGUGAAACGUUUACCAUCAAUAAACGAUAUAAAGUUAUCCGUAAAGUGGGAUCGGGUUCCUACGGUACGGUGUGUAGCGCUUUACGUCUAGGUUCAGAUGAAGUGGUGGCCAUCAAAAAAUGUUCGCGUAUAUUUGAUAAAAAGCUAUUGACGAAACGGUGCCUCCGUGAAAUCAAGUUAUUACAGCAUUUCAACGGUCAUCCUCGGAUUAUUGGUUUAAAGGAACUGGACAUUGUGGAUUAUUCGCGUUUUAACGAAAUCUACUUGAUCCAACAAUGUUGCGAUACCACUUUGGCCGACAUUAUCCAUUCCAAACUUGAAUUGGAACCCGUUCACUACCAAUGGUUCAUGUAUCAAAUCUUUACAGCCCUAAAGUACAUCCACAGUGCCAAUGUACUUCACCGUGACUUGAAACCUGCCAAUAUUCUUGUCAAUCAAGAUUGCAGUUUACGUAUUUGCGAUUUCGGUAUGGCGCGUGGUUUUGCAGGCGCUUCUGCUCGUCUGGAUGCACAGCAACAUAUGACGCAUUAUGUCGUGACGCGAUGGUAUCGUGCUCCGGAAAUCAUGUUGAGUCGGAACAGUUAUGAUAAAGCGAUUGAUAUUUGGUCUGUGGGAUGUAUAUUUGCGGAAUUACUGGGACGCAAGGUACUUUUCCGGGGUGAAGAUUAUGUGGAUCAGCUGCAUAAAAUUAUUGGCAUUCUGGGCUUGCCCAAAGAUACAUCGUUUUGGGAUAAGCGAGCAUCGGAAUCGGUCGUGGAUUACAUCAAAAACCUGACGGACGCCAAUGGCGAACGACCGCCCACAGAACCGAUUGAUUUCGCCGCUCAGUUUCCCCAAUGUCCUCCUGAAGGCAUUGAUCUGUUGCGUCGUUUAUUGCACUUGGACCCCGACCAGCGACUCACUGUGGAAGAAGCAUUGGAGCAUCCUUACGUAGCGGUGGUGCGUGAUCCGGCCGAAGAACUGCGUUGCGAAACGCCGUUUGAUUUUGAAAGUUUCGAGCUGCUCAAUGACACCGAUGUAUUGCGACAAUGUAUCAUCAACGAAGUGCAACGAUUCAAAGGCGAACAUGCACGUCAAUCAAGCUUACGAUUAAACUCGGUGGAUAUGCUGACCCCCAAACGAAGGUAUACGGGAAGCUCCAUCUCGACGCCAACGUCCGUCACGGCCACCGAAGCGCAUCAUCAGGCGAUCGCUUUGGAUCAGCAACACCGCGAUGUCAAUAUGUGCGAACCCGAAGAACCGGCAGAGAGUGGGAUGCUAUUUGAAUCGGAUCAGUUUGUUGGCGAACCGGAAGACAUGGAUGAUGAGGAGCUCAAGAUGCUAGGAAGUGACGAAUACAUCCGUAUGGAUCAUCGCCGAAAAUUAGUCGGUCCUUCAGGCACAGAUAAACAGGCCCUUGAACGACAUCUCAGUCACGACUGGUAAGCGUGGAUUCGCUUUACCAUUGAUCGCACCGAUGCAAUACCAUGAAUGAUUUUAAACGCGAAAUAUUUUGCUUCAAUUUUUCUCUUUUAUUCUCAUGUACACAGACAAUUCCAUAAUAAACUUUUCACUCUGCACACGA